ACACUGUGCAGUCCUGAGGGAGGAGGGGACAGAGGGGAUUCAACACAGCUGACGUCACAAUCUUCCUACCAAGAUAAGCCGUGAGGCUUAAUAUUAACUAUGUAUGUCCUUUUAGGAAGAGUGAUCGAGCUCCAGCCGCCUCGUGAAGGUGCGCACACCGCUGAACACCUGAAGGUAACACAACAGACAGGAUCCAGCUGGCAGCCACACAGUCUGAGAGCCGGGAUCUAGCGCUGUGAGAGCCGGGAUCCAGCGUUGUGAGAGCCGGGAUCCAGCGCUGUGAGAGCCGGGAUACAGUACUGUGAGAGCCGGGAUCCAGCGUUGUGAGAGCCGGGAUCCAGCGCUGCGUGACAUGGAGGCCAGUCUGAAAUAGUUUGCCUGCGGUCGUAUUAACGCAUCAAGACAAAAUGGGAAUGGCGAGUGAGGAUCUGCUCGUGACCCUUCAGAUACUACCUGGGUUCUUUUCAAACUGUCUGUUCCUUGCCCUGUACGACUCCGUGGUGCUGCUGAAGCGCGCGGUGUCGCUGCUCAGCUGCUCCAGGUCCGCCGCUGCCGGCUCCGGCUCCAGAGAGUGGCGCCGCAUGCUCACCUCCGCGGGGCUGCGCUCCGUGUGGAACAGCUUCCUGCUGGACGCCUACAAGCAGGUGAAACUUGGCUGUGAGGCACCCAACUCCAAAGUGGUGAAGGUCCCUGAUGGCCACCAAUGGAGUAGCAGCAUCUGUAAUGGAACUAAUAUGCCACCUGGUGCCAGGAACGCAAAUGGAGAUGAGUGUCAGCUUCUGGAUUUUGAGUCCUCAGACCGCCCUCUAGUGGUCAACUUUGGCUCAGCCACCUGACCCCCCUUCAUCAACCACCUGCCAGCUUUCAGGCAGUUGGUGGAGGACUUCAGUGAUGUAGCUGAUUUCCUAUUAGUGUACAUUGAUGAGGCUCACCCGUCUGAUGGCUGGGUGGCCCCUCCUAUGGGCCCUUGCUCCUUCGAUAUCCGGAAACACCAGAACCUGGAGGAGAGGUUGGGAGCAGCACGGAAACUCAUUGAGCACUUUUCCCUGCCACCGCAGUGUCAGUUGGUAGCUGACUGCAUGGACAACAAUGCUAAUGUGGCUUAUGGGGUGUCAAAUGAACGGGUAUGUAUAGUACAACAGAGAAAGAUUGCCUACCUGGGCAGUAAGGGUCCAUUUUUUUACAAUCUGAAGGAUGUGCAGCAGUGGCUGGAACAGAGUUUCGGUAAACGGUAGGAGAAAUUAAGGACAAGUACAGAGGAGGACAUGUCCCAUAUUUCAAUAAGGAAAUCAAAGAUCCUUCGGCUUGUAUAUGCAUAAAGUCAAAAUCAAAAGGUGAAAUAUGGUUAUAUCAUCUGCCAAAAGCUGUAAUGAAUUAAGUUCCAAAAUUCUGGAGCGACUUCUUUUAGUGUAAAAUCAGACCAACUUUUGGCACACCAGUCCAUUUAAACUGAAAUGACCACAUGUUAAAGCUAUAGUGCGUAGUUUCUGUCUCCCCCAUGAGGAAUUCUAAGUAAUGACAACAAAACUGUCAGCACAUCCACAUGAUACAAGCCUUCCGUGACCGCGCACCAGCCCUACCCCUCCUCCACACUGUUGCUAGUAGCCAAGGAGGACACGGAGGAUUAAAAAACAUGAUGGACUCUUCAGAAGAGGUUAUUAUCUUCGCUCAAUUUUCUGUCACCCGACGACACAAUUUCGUAGAGCUGAUCGACUUAAUCUUUGUAUCAACUCAUUUGUUAUUAUAAUGGACGUUCAUUAAUAUAAAAAAGUUACGCACUAAAGCUUUAAGACCUUUUAAUGAUCUCUGAUCACCCCCAUUAACUAUGCACACAGUUGAUUGGAGGCCACAGCUGAUGGUGUGCUUCAUCUGUAUUUAUGCCCGCUUUUGCUGCUAAAAUCAUAUUUUGUGUGAUUUCCAUUGGAGAAAAAAAUAUAUAUAGGUAAGAAAACACAAGUUCCUAGUUUUUUUAUGUUUUAUAAAGUAAUACGGUUUUAUAUAUUAAUUUUAUGCAUGAUGUUUAUCUACCGUCCUUUCUUCUUAGAUAAAUGUUAUUUCAUAGAGUACAUUGUGACCAUUUUUCUCCAUCUGACAGUUCUUUAUAUUUUAUUUCCUUUCCAUAGUGUCUUCAUCCCCUUAGAUGUGUUUGUGUUUACACUAGUGAAUCACAGUAGAUUUAAUUGGCAUUUUUAUCACAGAUCAACAGAAAGACAAUAUAAUGUAAAAGUGAAAACAAAUCUUUCUAAUGUGAUCACCCUAUCCCAGUUUGUGUUCAGUAAAUGCACCUUUGGAUACAGUUCCAACCUUGGGUCAAUGUGGCUAGGUCUUGGUAGGUUAAGCUUUGCACAUCUGGGGUCUGUUUCAGAAAGCAGGUUUAGUGAAAACCCUGAGAUGAGGGAAACUCUGGGUUUUCUGUUUCAGAAAGGGAGGUUAAUCAAAUCUGAGAGAGAGGGUUAACUCCAGCCCAUUUCAGAAAGAGAGGUAACUUAACCUCAGAGUCAGUUACCAUGGUAACCUAAAUGCAUGCAUGAACCUAACCUGGUCGGGAGCAGGUUUUUUUCUCUCAGUCUCCUCCCUCUGACACAGCGCUCUUUCAUUUCCUCAUUUAUUCAUUCAGUCUGUAUCA